AUGGCUUCCCACCAGGUCAUUAACGUCACCCUGCCCAUCCUGUCUCAGGACUGGAGCUCCGACAAGGACUUCAAGGCUGUUGGCACCCUCUCUGCCGCCAUCCAGAGAAACCUGGAGCCUGUUGGCCCUCACUUUUUGGCCCACGCCCGCAGAAAGCGUCACCAGCGCACUUUCUCCGAGGAUGAGAGAAUCCAGGCCCAGCAGAAUGUCAAGAAGACUGAGGAUGAUGAGGAUGAUGAGAUCUCCGAGGCUGAGGAUCCCAUGAUGCUGUCCAGAGAUGCCAAGGACUGGAAGGCCCAAGAUCACUACGCCGUUCUCGGUCUGAGCAAGUACCGCUGGCGUGCUACCCCCGAGCAGAUCAAGCGUGCCCACCGCAAGAAGGUCCUCCGUCACCACCCCGACAAGAAGGCCGCUCUUGGUGACCGCGACGAGAACGACAACUUCUUCAAGUGCAUCCAGAAGGCCAACGAGCUGCUGACCGACCCCGUCAAGCGUCGCCAGUUCGACUCCGUCGAUGAGGCCGCCGACGUUGACCCCCCAUCCAAGAAGGACCUCACCAAGCGCGGUUUCUACAAGAGCUGGGGCCCCGUCUUCGUGGCCGAGGGCCGUUUCUCCAAGACCCAGCCCGUUCCCAAGCUCGGCGACGAGAACAGCACCCAGGAGGAGGUCGAGGCCUUCUACAACUUCUUCUACAACUUCGACAGCUGGCGUACAUUUGAGUAUCUCGACGAGGAUGUUCCCGAUGACAACGAGAACCGUGACCAGAAGCGUCAUGUCGAGAAGAAGAACGCCAACGCCCGCCGCAAGCGCAAGACCGAGGAUACUGCCCGCCUCCGUCACCUGGUCGAUGACUGCCUUGCUCAGGACGAGAGAAUCAAGAAGUUCCGCCAGCAGGCCCGUGCCGGCAAGGACAAGAAGCGUCUGGAGAAGGAGGCCGAGGCCAAGCGUCUGGCUGAGGAGAAGGAGAAGGCUCGUCUGGAGGAGGAGCAGCGCAAGAAGGAUGCCGAGGAGAACGCCAAGGCCGAGCGUGAGAAGAACAAGAAGGCCAAGGAGGCUGCCAAAAACGCUGCCAAGAAGAACAAGCGUGUGCUCAAGGGCUCUGUCAAGGAUGUCAACUACUUUGCUGAGUCUGGUGAGCCUUCUGCCGCCCAGGUUGACUCUGUCCUGGGCGAUGUCGAGCUCAUCAUGGGCAAGAUUGACGCCGAGGAGCUUGCUUCUCUGGCUGAGCGCCUCAAUGCUGCUGGCAAGGACGGCGCCGCCGUCAAGGGUGUGUGGGCCGAGGAGGCCCAGAGACUGGUCGGUGCUGGUAAGCUCAAGGAUGGCGAGGUUAAGGCUUUCGCUUAG